UUCAGCAAGUCAGUUGGCAACAACAAAGAAAGUGUAUACGUACACCAGCUACGCACAACUCGAAACAUCUCCCUCGAUUCUUAUUAUAAUGCCGGUCUGUGUUGGACUGGCCCUGCUUGGACUCAUGGGGGCGGGCAUCAAGAGAUGUCUUCUUUACCGACGGCUUGGGCGUGCCGCGGUGGAACUAAAACGAGGCUCGCAUAUACUUCACGACGAUAAGGGUUACACGAUAGAGAACCCGAUGCCAAAAAGCAGGAGAUCCUACAUGGACCGCCAAAUUGCCAAAACAUUAAACCAAGUCAACAAAACCCAGCCGAGUUCAAACAACAGCAUCAACAACCCAUCAAGGGACGCUAAGGUUUGCAUGGAGAUUGCCACCGUAUCCGGUGGGUCAGUCGGCAUGCCGUCGGGGUCACUGGGCGUACCGGCUGGGUCACUGCGCAGGACGGCAUCGGAGAGGAUGGCGCCCUCUCGCAAGAACUCGUUCCUCGGGGACUGCAAAUGCUAUUGCCACUGUCCGUUAUGCGGACAGAUGGAAGUCAAGAAUGGAAGUUCAACAACGGGCACAGCAACCACACGACUCUGACGAUGACUGUUAAUAAUGAAAUAGACCUUUUCGCGAAUACCAAUAUUGGGCAAACUGUUGAAU